AUGGAUCUGCCUCAAGAUCCGCCGAAAACACCACCCAUCGCCCUGGGAUCUGCUCUCAAAGAUCGCCAUCGCCCAUUCAAGCCUCGGUCGCCUUCGCGAUCUCCUGCCCGGCCGCCCGCGCGAUCUCCUGCUCAGUUGCCUUUACAGACUCCUUCGCAAAAAGUCCGACAACGAGGGGGGAGGAGGCUUCAAACAGCUCGACGGCGGAGUCGCGCUCGCACCCCAGCCAGCCGCAGGGUUCUGGAGCGAUCCAACCCGGCCCUGGAACAGUUUCUCAUCGACCAUGAGCUCAAUGAAAAGGCAACGCAGGUUCUCCGCCAGGCGGCGCCUGAAGUGCAGGAGCAACUGCUACGAACCAUUCGCUUGGACCCUGCACACACGCAGGGCGUAAGCGUAGGUGCCGCAGGCCUUGAACUCUUGACAUCAUCAGAUGGCACAUUGAGAGAUUUUUACCCUCUGAGGCGAGCUGGCUAUGGCAUGGCGUGA